AUAUAUAGAGAGAGAGAGAGGGGGGGGGGAGAGAAAACUGCAUCUUUUAGUUAUUUUCUUCAUCAUGUUAAAAUGGAUGAUGGCCCUGAAAUCCUUACUGGUAGUAUCCGCCAUAGCCACCGCCGGAGGUCAUUAUCGCCGGCCGCCGCCGCGCCGAUCCCUUGCGGCGUCACUGUCUAAACAACUCGCCGGCGUCGAUCCCACUUCUCCCCAGCAGGUGCAUGUGUCUUUGAGUGAUGGCAAUGAGAUGAGAAUGAGAAUAUCAUGGAUAACUUCGGCUCCAUCUCCAUCCAUCGUCUUCUACUCUACGGCUAAUAAUAAUACACUAUUAUCCGCAAAUGGAACCACCACUCGCUAUAGUUACCUAAUUCUUUACCGCUCCGGCUACAUCCACCACGUCACCGUCGGGCCUUUGAACGCCGACGCUAUCUACUACUACCGUUGUGGCUCAAUUUCAGCUCGACAGUAUAUAUUCAAAACUCCGCCUUCUCAAUAUCCCAUCAAAUUUGCCAUCACAGGCGACCUUGGCCAGACCGAAUGGACAAGGUCGACAUUGCGGCAUAUAGAAAAGUCGGACUACGAUGUCCUGUUACUGGCGGGGGAUUUAUCGUACGCGGAUUUCUACCAGCCAUGGUGGGACACGUUCGGGCAGCUAGUGCAGCCGUUGGCGAGUUCUCGGGCAUGGAUGGUGUCGCAAGGCAACCACGAGGUCGAGAGAAUCCCUUUCAUCCAUCCCGAGGCCUUUACUUCGUACAAUGCCCGAUGGCUAAUGCCCUACAAGGAGUGUGCCUCCUCUUCCAACCUCUACUACUCUUUCCAAGUUUCCGGCAUCGUCCAUGUCCUCAUGCUCGGAUCCUAUGCCGGAUUCCGUCCGGGCUCCGGCCAAUACUCGUGGUUGCAAGAUGAUUUGGAAAAAGUUGACCGGAGCAAAACGCCGUGGUUGAUUGCAGUGAUACAUGCGCCGUGGUACAAUUCGAACGAAGCUCAUCAAGGAGAGUAUGAAUCCGUUGGGAUGAAGAUAGCCAUGGAGGACUUGCUUUAUCGUGCUCGUGUCGAUGCCAUCUUCGCCGGCCAUGUCCAUGCCUACGAGCGCUUUGUGAGGGUGUACAGGGAUAAAGCAGAUGAAUGUGGUCCGGUGCACAUCACCGUGGGAGAUGGAGGCAACCGGGAAGGCCUUGCUAAGAGCAGGUUUAUGGAGGCAAACAUAAGUGCAUUCAGAGAGGCAAGCUUUGGUCAUGGACAACUUUGGGUCAUCAAUGCAACUCAUGCUCUUUGGACGUGGCAUCGAAACGACGACGAGGACGACAAUGUCGCCGUUGCAUCCGAUCAAUUCUGGCUCACAAAGCUUUCCCGCUGCUCUCCAUAGAUGAGUAAAAUCUUUACUUCAACUCAACUCCAUUUAGCUAGCUAGGUUCUAUGUAAACAAGCUUAUUCCAUAUACUAGCUAGUUUCUUCAAGUAUAUAUCUUAAAAUUAAUAUCUUCAAGUAACUAAGGUUUUAAUUAAUU